CAAACGCACCAGAGAGAGAGAGAGAGAGAGAGAGAGAGAGAGGGCUGACCAAGUUGCGUGAAGGCUUUGUCUUUGCCUUUUCUCACAUCUUUGAUUUAUUACUAGCCUGAAUUCUGUCAUACCCUCAGCCCAUUUUUUCUUCUCUCUCUGUGUGUAUAUAUAAAUUAUAGCAAUCAGUAAAAGCUUUCGUCUUGUGCCCAUCCGUAUCUUGUUUUUCAUCUGGUUAUAUAAUAAAUACUAUAUAUGUGUAGGUUUAGACGAACUUUCUUGGAUGCAAUUCGCUUCAGGAGGCCACAGAUUUGAUGCCCAGAUGAAGAAAGGAGAUUAAUGGUUUUCAAGGGUUUUGAAGGAAAAAGCAAUUGAAUUGCAUUUUGUGAUUGGGCAUAUACGCCAUCAGUUGGCCUCCUUCAUCUUGCAUUUCAUCACAAACAAAUAUAGGCUUUGAUUAAGGAUUUAGUCAGUAAGUUCACGAUUAGGGCAUUCCUGCUAGGUUAACUUUUGGAUUGAACUAGUUUCAAGAUUUUGGUUUUGAUAGGAGUUCAUCUCCAAUUGAUGAGCAUAUGCUUGUUAGUCAGUAGUGUGUGAAAGAUUGUGCCUUUUUCAAGAUUGAGCAUUGUGGUUUAUUAGAAUGCUGUAUUGGUCUUGACUGAGUGGUGUUGCUGGUAGAAGAGUUGAAAUCAAUCGAGAGGAAAGAGGUCGUGAAUCGGGUGCUGUUUCUCUGGUUAUUAGCAAGCUUUAGAUGUCGGGAUUCAGUGCAUAGAAUCUGUUGUUGUGGCCUUUUAAUUUGUAUUUAGAUCUCCUGGUGAGGCUAAAUCAAGUAUGAGUAGAAGAGUGCGGAGGAAGGUUGUGAGGAGGGGCAAAGAGAAAGUGGGUAUCCCUGAGAUUGAAGAAACCACGGCUUUGGAUGUGAAAGAUGUGCUUGAUUGGAUUAAAUUACCUGAUGAUACAGUAAUUCAGCUUUUCUCAUGUUUGAACUAUCGUGACCGGGCUAGUCUGUCAUCAACCUGCCGGACAUGGUGGAACCUAGGUAAAUCUCCUUGUUUGUGGCAGGAAUUGGACCUCCGGCCACAUAAGUUUGAUUCUGCUGCCGCUUCAUCACUUUCUCCAAUGUGUGUGAAUCUUCAGAAGCUUCGGUUUCGAGGUCCUGAAUCUGCUGAUGCUAUCAUAGCUCUUCAGGCUAAAAAUUUACGUGAGAUCAAUGGAGACUAUUGCAGGAGCAUGACUGAUGCAACACUCUGUGUGCUUGCAGCUCGACAUGAAGCACUAGAGUGCAUUCAAAUUGGGCCGGAUUUCUGUGAGAAGAUCAGCAGUGAUGCUGUAAAAGCAAUUGCGAUUUGUUGCCCACGGCUGAGAAAACUUGGGAUCUCAGGUAUUCAAGAAGUGGAUGCGGAUGCUAUCAAUGCUUUAGCUAAGCAUUGUCCGAAUUUGACAGAUAUUGGGUUUAUUGACUGCCGAAAGGUGGAUGAGACUUCCCUGGGAAAUGUUGCUUCGCUUCGCUUCCUUUCAGUUGCUGGAACAACUAAUAUAAAGUGGAAUUUGGUAGCACAACACUGGGGUAAGCUGCCCCACCUGAUAGGGUUAGAUGUUUCUAGAACAGAUAUAAGCCCAAAUAUAGUUUCAAGACUCUUCUCAUCCUCAAUUAAUUUGAAGGUCGUAUGUGCCCUAAAUUGCCAGGCACUUGAGGCGGAUUCGACCUUUAUCUCUAAUAACAACCAUAGGGGCAAAGUGCUGCUGGCUAUCUCCACCGAUAUUCUUAAAGGAAUCGGUAACCUAUUUGUCGAGACUCAAAGGAAUGACAAGAAUAUUUUUCUGCACCGAGAGAAUUCUAAGAAGGAUAAAAAGUUAGAUGAGAUCUUGAAUUGGCUGGAGUGGGUCAUUUCCUAUUCACUUCUACGUAUUUCUGAGAGCAAUCUACCUGGUCUGGAUAAAUUUUGGCUUGAUCAAGGCACAAGUUUACUACUUAGUUUCAUGCAGAGCACCCGCGAGGAAGUUCAAGAAAGGGCAGCCACGGCUCUUGCAACAUUUGUUGUUCUUGAUGAUGAAAAUACUAAUAUUGACACUGGAAGGGCAGAAGCAGUUAUGCGUGAUGAAGGCAUAUGCCUUCUUCUAAACCUUGCCCGAUCAUGGCGUGAAGGACUUCAGUCAGAAGCUGCUAAGGCCAUUGCAAACUUAGCAGUGAAUGCUAAGGUUGCGAAAGCUGUGGCGGAGGAAGGAGGCAUCAGUGUUAUUGUAAAGCUUGCAAGGUCUGCAAACAAAUUAGUUGCAGAAGAGGCUGCAGGAGGGCUCUGGAAUCUUUCUGUUGGUGAAGAAUACAAGGGUGCCAUUGCUGAAGCUGGUGGAAUAAAAGCUUUAGUGGAUCUUAUCUCCAAGUGGUCACGGUGUACUGGUGGUGAAGGAGUCUUGGAACGUGCAGCUGGUGCACUGGCAAAUUUGGCUGCAGAUGACAAAUGCAGCAUUGAAGUUGCUUCGGUCGGUGGCAUACAUGCCUUGGUGACACUUGCUCGAAAUUCCAAGGCUGACGGAGUGCAAGAGCAGGCUGCUAGGGCAUUGGCAAAUUUGGCUGCCCAUGGGGAUAGCAAUGGUAACAAUUCUGCAGUAGGACAAGAAUCUGGAGCUCUUGAUGCUCUUUUGCAACUUACUCGAUCACCAAAUGAUGGUGUCAGGCAAGAAGCUGCUGGUGCCUUAUGGAACUUAUCAUUCGAUGACAGAAACCGAGAAGCAAUUGCUUCAGCCAAUGGAGUUGAGGCAUUGGUUGCUCUAGCAAGUUCCUGUUCAAACUCUCCUCAUGGCCUUCAGGAGAGGGCUGCUGGUGCUCUCUGGGGAUUGUCUGUGUCAGAAGCAAAUAGCAUUGCUAUUGGUCGUGAAGGAGGCGUACCUCCACUAAUAGCGCUUGCUCGAUCAGAUGCUGAGGACGUGCAUGAGACCGCUGCAGGAGCUCUCUGGAAUCUUGCUUUCAAUCCUGGCAAUGCUCUACGCAUUGUGGAGGAAGGAGGAGUACCCGCUCUUGUCUAUCUUUGUUCUUCUUCUGUAUCGAAAAUGGCGCGCUUCAUGUCUGCACUCGCACUGGCCUACAUGUUUGAUGGAAGAACGGAUGAAAUUGCCCUUUCGGGGACACAAAACAUACCCAAGAAUGUGAACUUAGAUGGUUCAAGAAGAAUGGCCAUGAAGAACAUUGAAGCUUUCGUCAUGACAUUCUCUGACCCUCAAGCGUUUUCAGCUGCUGCCGCAUCAUUAGCCCCUGCCGCUCUGGCUCAAAUAACUGAAUCGGCUCGCAUUCAAGAAGCAGGCCAUCUCAGAUGCAGCGGAUCUGAGAUUGGAAGAUUCGUUACCAUGCUGCGAAAUCCUUCCCUCACACUGAAGUCGUGUGCUGCAUUUGCUCUCCUUCAGUUUACGAUUCCCGGAAGCAAGAAUGCAAUGCAUCAUGUGAGCCUUCUCCAGAACAGUGGAGCUUCACGAGUGCUGCGUGCAGCAGCAGCAGCUGCAGGUGCUCCACUCGAAGCUAAAAUAUUUGCACGCAUUGUUCUAAGAAACCUGGAGCAGCACCAGACGGAGUCGUCCUCCCUCUAAAAGAAAUGGAGCAGCAAUCAUCCACCAUGGAUAACCAUUUACUAGUAAUAACGUCGGUUUUUCUUUUCUUCUGUAUCUUUUUGAGGGGUGAGAGGGAUGUUAGAAUGUUGAAGAUGAGAUGAUGUAGUUUGUUGGGAUGGAUCUGUAUUGUAUAAAGGCUACUGUCCUUGCUUUGGUUUUUUCUUUUAAUACUGGUUUUGGAUUUCUAUGGAAAUAUAUUGCAUCAUAAUGUA